GGGGACCCUCCCACAGCCACCAAAAAGCGCUGACCAAUACCUAACACGAGAACAUCUUAUGAGCGCAUGGCAAGGCGUCAUCGAAAACAACAAGGCUCCUUGUGAUCCAGACGGCGCAGGCGAACAAUUCUCAAAGGAGGCGUUUCACUCGACUUCUCCCAGUUUGAAACAUAUAAGCAGGGCAAGACACACUCCGUCUCCUGAUUGCUGAGCCCACACAACUAUUCACAGUCAUAUACGGAUACAUACCUCACCAUCUAUACCCAAGCCAAGUCAGAUUCUUGGUCUGAUCAUCGAAUUCUAGCAAGCGGACUCUUCUACAACGUUUGACUGCGCUUUGCGCUACUCGCCACAACCUAUCUGGUUAACCAAUCCUCAUCAGCAUCCAGCGGGCUUGAUUAAAACCCACCCACAGCACACACCAUUCAGGAUGAAAUUCUCAAUACCCCUAUUGACCACACUGGUCUAUCUCUCCACAUUCGCCGCCUCGGCGCCUCCCCCAUCAUCAUUUCAAUCCGACAUCUCCAGAAUUUCUAGACGAGAAGCCGCCGCCGCCUCCUCACCCCUCGAUUCAAUACACUCGUUAGAGAAACGCAAAGGCGGAGGCGGGGGACGAGGCAGCAGUGGAUCCUCCGGCGGACGAACAGGCUCAGGCACUGGCGGCGUCGGUGGCGGACGUGUAUAUUCAUACAUGCCUAAUUCCAACGUCGGCGGACGCACAAUCUCCGGCUCAGGCACACCCAAAGCCUUUGGCAACCGAUAUACCGGCGGCGCCGCCGUGCCAUACACAGCGGGUCUCUCGUCACCGACCCGAGGAAUCGCACCAUUCGCUCUCCCUGUCGCGGCUCUCGCAUUCUUCCCUGGGUUAUGGCUAUAUGGCUCGGUGUUUGCAUAUCCAUAUGCCUAUCCAUACCAUUGGUAUCAUAAUGGUCAGAACCACACCACCAAUGUCACAUGCCUAUGUCAGCGAUACCAGGUCUGUGGCUGUGAUCCAGAUAAUGACGAGAAUGGGAACAGUACGUUCCUCGACCAGCUGAUCCUAAAUGGAACGGGCGAGCCGGUCAAUUCGACAAAUGUCCGGACAGUGGAUUUUGGGAAUGGGAGUGUUUCGACUUUCAUCAAUGGAAGUCUAGAGAAUGGAACCACGGCUGCUGGUGGGACGGAUCCUUCGAAUGAUAGUCAGGUUAGUGGUGCGAUGAGGGUGGUUAUGGAGGCCGGUGGGUAUUGGGUCAUGAUUGCCACUGUUGUCGUGGGGACGUAUAUGGCGGCUUGAACGGAAUGACACGACCUUUCUCCUUUGGCAUGGAAGAUGUAUAUUUUGGGUCGGGGUUCAUGAUGAUUCAUAUGUUUGGCAUGUUGGUUUCCAGCCAGUUUUGUGAGCAUGAUCGCACAAGUUUUUUGUGUGGUGAAAGAUGAUUUUCAUUGUCUUUAUCAUCUGUCAAAGUGUUUACGCCUCGGAUGGUCAGACACGUGUAUACAUAGGAACAUAGAUAAUGAUUGAAUGUGGUGUCAUGAG